CAUCGGAAUCUGGCGGUCUUGCAGAAACAAAAGGAUUUCAGAUCCGAGGGAGGGUUUCGCGCUCGGGGAAAACGAAAACAGGCGGAACUACAGUUCUCGGGAAGAGGAGAGAAGGGAAUCUAUACGCCGACGCACCUUGUCCGGGUCCCGGCGCUGUGUUUGCCACCACGGCAAUUUCGGGACAGGGAAGAAAAUGGCGGCAAUAUCCGAAGAACACCUGCCGCAGCGCCCAUUUACGGCUGGGGCUGCUACUUCGGCUACCCAGACGACGGGGAGUUUAUCUCAGGGGCCGUCCGGCGGAGCCGGGGCGAACCCGCUGUCACGCAAGCUCCGCAAAGUGCUAGAUACGCGGUUGGAGGCGGACAAAGAAAUGUUAGAAGCGCUCAAGACUCUUUCAGACUUUUUUGUGGAAAACAGCUUGCGCACUAGAAGAAAUCUGCGUGGGGAUAUUGAGCAUCGUAGUUUAGCUAUCAAUGAAGAAUUUGUCUACAUUUUCAAACAAGUGAAAGAGGAGCUUGAAAACAUAAAUGAAGAUGUGCAGUUCAUGAGCAAUUGCUGCCAGGAUAUGACUAAUCACUUGAAGGCCACUAAGGAGCAAACUCAGGAUUUAAUUGUCAAAACGACAAAGCUUCAAGCAGAGAGCCAAAGGUUAGAAUUAAAAGCACAAAUAGCAGAUGCCUUCAUAGCAGAAUUCCAACUUUCUCCAGAGGAGAUGAACGUCCUUCGAAGCACCAGAGAUCGGCCAGUUACUGAAGAUUUUUUUAAAGUAUUGAGGCGAAUAAAGCAAAUUCACAAUGAUGUCAAGAUUCUUCUGCGCACCAGUCAACAAAGAUCAGGUUUGGAGAUUAUGGAACAGAUGGCCCUCCUCCAGGAGACGUCUUACGAACAGCUGUAUCGUUGGGCACAAGGUGAAUGCAGGGCUUUAACACAAGAAACCUGUGAUGUUUCUCCAGUUCUAGCUCAGGGAAUGGAAGCUUUGCAAGACAGGCCUGUUCUGUACAAAUAUACCCUUGAUGAAUUUGGAACAGCCAGAAGAAGUGCUAUGGUCCGGGGCUUUAUAGAUGCUCUUACUAGAGGACGUCCAGGAGGAACACCUCGGCCUAUUGAAAUGCAUUCCCAUGAUCCUUUGAGAUAUAUGGGAGACAUGUUGGCUUGGCUGCAUCAAGCUACUGCUUCUGAAAAAGAGCACCUGGAGGCUCUUUUGAAACACAUAACCACAGAAGGAGUGGAAGAAAAUAUGCAAGAAAUAGUUGGACACAUCACAGAAGGUGUUUGCCGGCCACUCAAGGUUCGAAUUGAACAGGUGAUCUUAGCUGAACCCGGAGCAGUCCUUUUGUAUAAAAUUUCCAAUCUUCUCAAAUUCUAUCAUCACACCAUUAGUAAUAUUAUAGGAAACAGUGCAGCCAUGCUGUUAACUACGAUAGAAGAGAUGCAUCUUUUGAGCAGAAAGAUAUUCUUCAAUAGUUUGAAUCUCCAUGCGAGUAAACUGCUGGAUAAGGUUGAACUGCCACCUGCAGAUCUUGGUCCAAGUCCUGCACUGAAUCAAACACUUGCUCUGCUGCGUGAAGUACUGGCAUCCCACGACUCUUGUGUUAUUCCUUUGGAUACUCGUCAAACAGACUUUGGACAAGUCCUGUCUUGUGUGCUGGAUCCCCUGUUGCAGAUGUGUACUGUGUCUGCCAGUAACUUGGGGUCUGCUGACAUGGCAACCUUCAUGGUGAAUUCACUUCAUAUGAUGAAGACAAUGCUGGCUCUAUUUGAAUUCACAGAUAAAAGGCUAGAAAUGUUACAAUACCAGAUUGAAGCACAUUUGGAUACCCUUAUAAACGAACAAGCAUCUUACGUAUUAACUAGAGUGGGUCUAAAUUAUAUUUAUAACAUGGUACAGCAACACAAGACGGAGCAGGGUCCCUUGGCUAAUGUACCCAGUAUGGAUUCUAUGUCAUUAAAAGCGGCAAUGGUCCAGUUUGAUCGUUAUUUGUCUGCCCCUGAUGGUCUGUUAAUGCCACAGAUAAACUUUCUCCUGAGCACAACUGUUAAACAACAGAUAAUAAAACAAUCCACAGAAUUGAUCUGCAGAGCUUACAGUGAACUGUAUGCAGCUGUGAUGAAUCCUGAUAACGCUUAUAAAGACCCGGAAACUAUAUUACAUAGAUCUCCUCAUCAAGUUCAGUCGCUGCUCUCCUAAUCUUAUAGCCCCUCCAAAAAGAGACUGUUAAUAUGCUGACUCCGUUACACAAGCCCGGACAUAUACAACUUUGAAACAGGCAAGGACAACUGAGUUUUUGUCCUGCAGAAGACUACUACUUGGGUUGCAAUUAUAUGUGUAGUUAGCCGAAAUCUCAUUGAUUUUUUUUUGGGGGGGGGAGGGUGUGUGUGUGUUAAAUUGUAUUGCUGGAUGACAGCUUUGAUGCAUGACAGCAUUUAAAGUAAUUUAUUACAACUUGGGAAAGCUUUGUCAUAAUUCAGAUUACUUUUUAUUACAAUGGUUAAAAUAAAUGGUGGAACCAAAGCAUUUUCUUAUUUUGAUGAUUUAACCAAUAUUGGUAUUGCCCUAUUUUUUCCUCAAGAGUUUUUAGUAAGUUAUAUUGAGCCUAUGCACAAGCCACACUUUGGUUUAUUUGAUUAAAAUCUCAGUGCUAAUACCCCCAGAUUUUUUUUAAAAAAAUUUUUUUUAAUGAUUUAUUGAGUUAAAAAAAAACCCACAAAAAUUUAGAAAACUCUGGUAGGAGUAAAUUUUUUGGAAGAAUGACUGGAUUCCACGAGUUUUGUCUUUUUAAUGGCAUGGAUUGGGAUAGCUUUUCAGAAAUUUUAUUUUUAAAAAAUCAUACAGAUUGUAUCCUUUCUACAAUCAAGUAUUCAAAAUGCUAUCAAUGAAGAAUUUUAAACAACCACUUAAAAUUUAAAACCAUUAAUACUAUUAAAAUAACUAAUAAGGUGCAGCUGAAGAGAAAGUUCUCAAGGUCUUUUCUGAAAACUGGAAGAGAAGGUUGAAGAUGUGCAUUCCAUAGCUUAGGAGUGACACUGAACAGGGUUUCACAAAUGUUAUAUGCUGUGCUUGAAAAGCAGAUUUUGAUAGUUAUUAGAGUACCUCAAAAUACGGAGAAAUUGAACACUUCUGGAAACACAUUCCUUUUUCACUCCAAGUCAAAUGCAAAUUUUUCUCUGUGUUAAAUCCUCCCUUGAUACUUACUAGACUAGGGAUAGGUGACCUUGGCUCUUUUAUGACUUGUGGACUUCAAUACCCAGAAUUCCUGAACCAGCCAUGCUGACUCAGGAAUUCUGGGAGUUGAAGUCUACAAGUCAUAAAAGAGUCAAGGUUGCCUACCCCUGUAACUAGACCCUCUGUCCCUUUAACUUUUUAAUCCGUAAAGGAUUAUUUUAUUGUCAAAAUCAAUAAGGAAGCUGGCAUGCUUCAAAUUAAAACAGAAUUCAGUCAUCAGCAUUUUUAGUAAAUAGAAAUGAGGAAUGGAUACCUGUGAGGGCUCUGUUUGGGAAUAUGCUUACAUAGUCAAAAAAGAAAAAAAGGCACAGGUAGAUUCAACUGAGCAUUGAUAAUACACACGUAGGGCUUUAGAAAGGAUAGAAAGCAAUAUUUUUGCUAGCUUGCAUUCUGGUAAGCAAAUAUUAAUGGGUAAGCCCACAUAACGCUAAUUUCUUUGCUCAUGGCUUGCUCUCCCAAUGUGCCAAUUCGUCCCCCAAAUAUUGGAGAAUUUAAUGCCUUCCUGGAAAGCCUGUUCCCCUCCUUGUAGACCCGUUGUGUAAUUCUAUGCUGCCCGGCUUGAAAAUGCUGGGAUACAUUUCCAAGUGCAACAGAUUCUCCAAUGUAGAUCUGUAACCUCCUUUGAACAGAGGAGAGUGAGGGUGACAAGAAGGGUUGGUCCGGUUAAUGCAACUAACUUUCCCCUUCCUGGCACAAAUGAAACUGUAGAAAAGAAAAGAUUGCACAGAGAGGCCUAUUUCUUCUCUGGCAUAAAAUGUGGACUGUUUUGGGAUUACGCUUCUCAACAAAAUUGGUUAAAGAGCACCAGAAUAGUUCCCAUCGUGUAAAUGUCCUUUAAUAUCAUUUGGGAUGUGAUGAAGAAUUUUAUAGAGCUAAAAAAAAAAACAAUUUUAGAUGUCGCUCUAAAUUUCGUUUAACAGCUGAAAUACCUUUUUAAAGUAUUCUGUGCCAUCUGCUAAAGUGCAUUUAGUUAUGUAAGGACCUCUGAUUCAUCUGAUCUCCAUUAGGGUGAUUUUCUGCUUCAUUUCACAGUGUUUGCCUGCAGCAGAGAAGAUUGGGCUAAAGAAAAGCAGAAGAGUUAGUAUAAGGGAGAAAGGGUAUAAGAUGCAAAACCGACACCCAGAGUAGCACUUUUAAGAGUAUAGCAGAAUAACGAAGUUGGAAGGGACCUUUAAAAUCUUAUUCUAACAUUUGAACUUCUACAUUAAAUUGAGACAAAAUGACGAUAUAUAUUUCAUAUCAAAAUAAUAUACCAUUUUUUUGCCAUUCCCAAAAAUAAACCCAGGAAGAUCAAAAUAUGUCCUGGGAAUAUUAUUGAUGUAGAAUGCCACGUUGAGCGUAGAUAGGAAGAGGCAAAGAUUCUCAACCUGUGUGAUCUCAUGAUCCCUGAAAAUGAUAAAUGUAUGAGAGUUCCUUCAAUAAAGUGAAUUAUUGGAGUUAGGGUUGGGCAAAAAAAAAAACAACUAUCGCUUACUUUUAAUUAUUGAAUGCUAAUUUAUGUAUCGUGUGUAUUCUCUGACAUUGCAGCACAACACUCAAAUAAAGACCAAGGCUUAGAGAAAA